CGACGGCGGGGUAUUAUUUGCGUCCAUUACUACGUUUGACGCUCGUUUCAGAUUUUAAUCGCUGCGAAAUACCCUAGAUAAACAUUCUACGGGAAAGCAGAGACUUUUUUCGAGCUGCAGCAGAAAUUUCCUGCGUCCCGCGAAGACGCGAAUUUGCAGCUGACAAAUUUGCAGAUUGUUUCUCAUCAUAUGCUUCACUAGCAAUCACGAUCUAAAGCGUGUUGCCUUUCAUGUGUGGAUGACUAUAUCGGUUUUCUAUCUGAGUGUCUAUCUUCUAUAAGGUCUUUUUUUUUUUCUUUUCGACAGAUGGCGGAAUCUACAAACUCUACGGUUCCAGUUACACUGGAUACUCUAUAUGAUGAGUCCGAUAUCUCAUCAUCAAUGAAGAAGCAGUAUGAUCCGGUUAGUCUCACUGCGGCCGGGUCACUCGCUGUCCUGGAGCUACCUCUUGCCAAACAGAUUUUUGGUCAUGGAAUCCAGGAAGGAGACGAGGGCCUUGUCCCCGUGAAGAGCGGGGAGUCAACGUAUACGGAUUUCGUCACCCAAAGAGCAAAGAAGCUGGCGGAGAAGGAGACAGGUUCUUCAAAUAUACGGUCACAGAUUCUGCAUAUUGGUCUUGCGGCGCUCUUCUCAUUCCUACAGUCCAACGUGACCGGUCCCCCAUUGGCUUUUGAUUCCGCGAAAGUCGUCUUCCCUGCGGCUUUGACGGAGACUAAGGCUGUUGUAAAUACAAUCCGGAAGAAGAUGAUCCGCGAUCUGUCUGUGGAUGGAGAGGCUGCUUAUCAACUAACGCCAAAUGUCGAGCUCUUCUGUGUGGCGAAGGCGUUGUUGGUGGACGCGGGUGUUCUGUUGACGGCCUCAGCACCGUUAGCAGCGCGGGUUGCCCGGAUGCGAGUUAAUUUCCUGCAUCAAAAGAUGUUGUCUGAGGUUACGGGUAGUCUUCAGGCGCUUAUUUAUGAUGACCUUGAUGAGAUCGCGAAGGUCCUACUUGAUGCGCCUAACUCUGAUACGGAAGAAAAGGCUAGAUUCUUGGUCGAGAGGGCGACAAUACACACGUUCUUUGGCUUCGAUUCAAAGGCUAGAGCAGAUCUCGAGCAAGCUGCUGCAACGAGAAAUUUCGAGUUCGCCCUAACUGGAAAGCUGGGGAAGAGGACGAAGUUUCAGGAUCGUGACAUCAGUCAACUCGUGGUUCUAGCGAAAAGCGCCGACGGCAAAGCUGCGGAAGAGUCUAAUGCUACUACAGAGAAGAAGGAUGAGGCUGAAUCCUCAGGACCUAAGAAUAUUGACCUCAAUGACGAUACCCUUUUGGAGUCUAUUUCAUUUGCGAAGGAAGAUGAGAGAACGCAAGAAAAGUCAAUGACGGUGCAGGAUGAAUCUUCUCUGCCUCCUUCCUUGGCUUCCCUUGAUCCUGCAAACCAGCCUAUGCUGAACCCUGUUGAUUCGGCUAUUCUACUUUCUCUCGCAUCUGCAAUCACCAAUACGACCCCUGAGAACGGCCUGACGCGAGAAGAAACCCUUCCGUACGCGACUCGUGUGCUGGAAGGCGGAAGCUCCAACUGGCAGAUCUAUACGCAGGCUCUGCUGGUCCGAAGUCGGAUUGAGGGCUUCAAAUCCCGCACCGUGGAGAGAGGUGUCUUGCAAAUGCAAGCCCUAGUAGAUCAGGUCAUAGCUGACACUGCAUCUGUUGACUCUGCUCCGGUAGACACUGCAUCGCCCGAAGCAGCAACCACUUUCCUUCCCAGACCGGAGAAAUCGGAAUCAGCACCAGCGGCUGACAGACUGGAAUACAUCUGGUUGUUGAAUUUCUCUACACGAUGGGGUCUCGAAGCAGAGUUGGCCAACCGAUGGGUUAACCUUGGAGGACUCCGGACAGCUCUUGAUAUCUACGAGCGUCUUCAGAUGUGGGCGGAGGUUUCUCUAUGUUAUGCUGCCACUGAGAGGGAGGAUAAGGCGAGGACGAUCGUGCGCAGACAGCUGUACGAACGAACCAACAAGGACGUCGAGGACGAGGACGAAAAAUUCGAGGGCCCAGAAUUGUCAACUCUCCCUGCAGAUGCUCCAAGAUUGUUCUGUAUUCUGGGGGACAUCGACAAGGACCCGUCUAUGUACGAACGUGCUUGGGAGGUUUCCAAGAUGCGUUACGCUCGCGCUCAGCGAUCUCUCGCCCGCCACUAUUUGACCUCGAAACCACCAGCUCUCGACAAAGCCGAAGAAGCCUACCGCAAGAGUCUCCAAAUCAACCGUCUCAACCACGGCGCCUGGUUUGCCCUCGGCUGUGUCCAGCUCGAGCUGCAGAAAUGGAACGAAUCAAUCGAGUCGUUCACGCGAGUAGUCCAGCUCGAAGAAACCGAUGCUGAAGCAUGGAGUAACCUCGCUGCUGCUCUCCUCCACGUUUCCACCACCGAGCCAACUCAGAUCGCCGCAGACAGUAUCCCAGCGGAAAAAGCAGAAGACGAGGAGGAGGGAGACGAAACCGCACCCGCAGCAAAAGACCCCUACAAGAACAAACGCGAUGCACUCGCAGCACUCCACCGAGCCGCCCAGCUCAAAAACACCGAUCACCGCAUCUGGGACAACCUCCUCACAGUAGCAGCUUCCAUCCCUCCCCCCAAUGUCCCUUUCAAAGACAUCGUCCACGCACAACGAAAAGUGAUCGAGAUCCUCGGACCGAAAAAGGGCGAGAAAUGCAUCGAUCUCCCGAUCCUGACGAUGUUGGUAGAUUAUCUCGUCAAGAACUACCAAUAUGAAGAUCUACUUAUCGCCAUCGACGAAAACAAAACGGAACGCGUUCUCCGUCGCGGAACUGUCCCCGGACAGAUCGUCACGUUGGUUGAUGAGAGCGUCGUCCCACUCAUCACUCACUCUGCUCCGCUCUGGCUGCUCGUUGCACGCUUGGAGCAGUUUAGACAUCGACCUUCUAAAGCAUUCGAAGCUCACGAGAAGGCGUGGCGUGCUGUUGUUGCAUCUGCUACGCAGGGAGCGUUCCAGAUGGGAGACGAGAACAAGUGGAUGGAUGUCGUCAAGGCUACGGAACGCUUGGUUCGCGAGGGAUAUGCCAAGUUCGGAGGCAUGCAGAAGGAAGGACAGGAGGAAGGGAAACCAGAUGCUGAAACCGAACUGGUGGCGAAAGAUUGGAGAUUCAAGGCUCGAAGUGCUGUGAGGGGUAUUCUGGGUAAAGGUAAGGAGUUCUGGGAGGGAACUGAGGGAUGGGAUCGUCUGAAAGAGCUUCAGUCGGAGGUCAGUGGUUAAUCAUUGACAUUGGGAAAAAUUCCUGAACGUUGCUGAGUAUAGCAUAUUUUUUUUAAUGCUGUGCUAUUACAUAUUUUUGAACAGAAAACCAUGC